UACCAAUCAUUUGUGUAUCAUAUUUUUCGCACCUAGAAGUCUACUUUGAAGUGAACGCAGUCAACACCAUCAUCUGGUACCGAGCCCUUCCUGAGGCUCCUGCCAAUUUCCCAAGCUGAGCCCAUCAUUCUGAUUAGAGACCUUCGGAUGGCAUCCCAACAAGCUUGCUUAGCUACCGAUUGUUCUUACUCAACCACAUCAUGAUAUUCAGUUCACUGCUGGGGUUCCUGCAGAGACAGGCUGUCCCUCUUACAAUCUUGCUUCUCAUCACCCUGCCAUUUCUGACUUAUUAUGUUUCCAUGUCGAAAUUCGUCCGUAAAGCGAAUAGUAAAGCAUUGGGGAAACGGCCACCAACAAUCCCAUAUUGGAUCCCAGGAGUCUAUCACACCAUCAGUCUGGUAUCUGUAGGACCUCAGAAGUAUUUUGGGAUGCUCAUUAAGGAGUUUGGUAGUUUUGCGCCUUUUGUAGUCAAAGCAGGAUCACAUUCUAUCCUUGUACUACGAGACCCGAAUCACAUCCAGAAGAUACUCAGAUCUCCAAAGCAACUAACUUCUACUGCUUUCACCGUCCGAACAUAUAGCAAAGUGUUUGGCUCACCAAAAACAGCUCUGAAAAUGUACUCAGACAAAGGCGUAACCGAGAAACAGAGGGAAGCUCUAGAGUAUACACAUCUGACUUUGCCUCGAAAGCACUUGACAGGUGUAUCGCUUAUACCUGUCGCUGAUCUAUACACCUCAACCCUCUCUUCAAACCUCAACGACAAGAUGUUUCAAACGGAGUUCUGGACCAUGGUUGAAGACUUUUGGUCAUUCUUCCAGCAGACAAUCACUCGCUGCAUAUUAGAGACACUCUUCGGAUCGGCACUGCUUAAGCAGUACCCAAGCGUCGUGCGAGACUACUGGGAAUUCGACACAGGUAUCGAAAAUUUUACCCGGGGGUUGCCGCGCUUCGUGAUGCCUGCCGCACACGAUGCCCGUGACCGAUUGCACCGCGGCAUCGAGAAAUGGCUAAAGACUAAUCAUAGCGGAACUGACUUUGCGAGGUUUGGUGAUGAUGAUCCUGUAUGGGAUGAGCAGAAGGGCUCCAAAUUCAUCCAAGAACGAGACGAUGUGUUUGCGAAGGCAAGUCUAGAUAUGAGGGCGCGAACCUCGGAGAUCUUGGCAAUCAUGCACGGAUCUCUAUCCAAUUUGGUCCCCUCCACAUUGUGGAUGAUCAUUGAGAUUCUGCGGCGGCCACACCUAGCUAAUCACCUUACUGCCGAUAUCCUCAAAUAUAGUCCACCACAAAUCGCAACCUACGACAUUGCCACAAUCACGGACAUGCCGCUCUUUCGAUCUAUUCACGCCGAGAUUGGACGACUUCGCGUGGCAAGCAGUACGGUCCGUACCAGUGAAGUUGACAACUUCCAGCUCGACGAUCAAUGGACACUCCCCAAAGGCCUGUCAGUAUUGCUUCUCUCCCACGAUAUCUCCAUGAACACCAAAUUGUGGGCGAAAACACGGCCCCGGACUGUCGAGAGGCCGUUGGAAGAAUUCUGGGCAGAACGGUUCCUCAUACCGGAUAAAGUUGGAAGUAAGCACAGAAGAGUGAGGGAGAGGAAGGAGCAGGUCGAAAUUGGACGGUUCGAUAUGGACGGUCUCGAGACGUUGCAUACCACUUUUGAGGGCGGUGAUCACUUCUCUCCAGGUCAAGCAUUUGUCCAAGCGAUGCAAGCAGCUACCUUAGCCGUGCUGUUCACCGAGUUUGAGGCACGGCUUUGUGACCCUGAUGAGGUUGCCGAAUUAAUGCCUCCGAUUCUUGAGACUGCGUACGGGGUUAUGAAACCUCUUGGCAAGAUUGCUAUCCAGAUACGAAAACGCAAACCGAGCCAGAAGGUUUAGAUAGUCUAAGAGAAACACCAAAGACUCUCCAAAGUCUAUGUAUAUACUUUUACGAUCGUCUAACAAUAAUACACAAGAACUAUACGUGUAGAAAGAGUUCAAGAUAAACCUCAGCACAUCGACCCGUCCUGGUAUUUUUUCCCAUCAUCCAACACCUCUUCAAUGGCUCAAACCUACUCGCACCCCGAUCUACUCUAUGCUUGAUGUUACAUAGUAUGUGUGAGGUGACUAGCGUGCGAAAAAAAGACGGCGCGCACAGACCAGACAUGGAAAAAAUUCCACUCCCGAUUCUCCACACGCCCACAUCACCACCACCACCA